CAGCUUCCUGCUAUGGACAGUGCCAUCACGCUGUGGCAGUUCCUCCUCCAGCUCCUCCAGGAGCCGCAGAACAAGCACAUCAUCUGCUGGACCUCCAGCGACGGCGAGUUCAAGCUGCUGCAGGCGGAGGAGGUGGCCAGGCUCUGGGGGAUCCGCAAGAACAAGCCCAGUAUGAACUACGAUAAACUCAGCCGUGCGCUCAGAUACUAUUACGUGAAGAAUAUCAUUAAAAAAGUGAACGGUAAGAAGUUUGUGUACAAGUUUGUUUCUUAUCCGGAGAUUUUAAAUAUGGAUCCGCUGGUCGUGGGCCGUAUAGAAGGAGACCCUGAAAUGACUGGUUUUGUGGAAGUUAGCAGUGCCCCAAAGGAUGUGGAAAACUGUGGGAAGGAGAAGGCUCAGUCAUGCGCCAAAUCCUCCAGCCGCAACGACUACAUCCACUCAGGCUUGUACUCGUCCUUUACGCUGAACUCGCUGAACUCUUCCAGUGUGAAACUCUUCAGGUCCAUCAAGAUUGAGAACCCGGCUGAGAAACUGGCAGAGAAGAAACCUGCUCAGGAUCCGACCCCCUCUGUCAUCAAGUUUGUCACCAUGCCCUCCAAAAAGCCGUCCUCGGUCCCCCUGGUGUCCACCACCCCCGCGGUCUCCGCCACUUCCACCGCUGCCGUUUCGAGCGCGCCCUCUCUUCCCAUGGGGUCGGAGGAAGCUCUCCAGACCUUGGAGACGCUGGUCCUGCCCAAGUUGACGGUCCCGGAAGCUCCAGCACCUCUGCCCAACUUGACCACCAGCUUCCCCCCACCCCCGCCGGUGUCCUCGGUGUCUCCCGCCCUGCAAGUUCCUUCCUCGCCCCCAUCGCCACCCCUGAGCUCCAAUCCUGACCUGGACAUUGACACGGACAUCGAGUCUGUGGCUUCGCAGCAGCUGGAGCAGGCCCAGAGCCUGCAGCGCCAGUCCCCGGAGCCCAAAGAGCAGGAUUCGUCCGUGCUGGAGAAGGAGUUUGCCAAUCACCUCUCCAGGUCCAAAAAACCCAAAGGGCUGGAGUUGGCUCCUACUCUGGUCAUCACGGGCAGCGACCCGAGUCCGCUGGGGAUUCUGAGUCCUUCCCUCCCAACUGCUUCUCUUACUCCAGCACUUUUCUCUCAGACCCCCAUCUUGCUGACCCCCAGCCCCCUGCUCUCCAGUAUUCACUUCUGGAGUACGCUCAGCCCGGUUGCUCCUCUCAGUCCUGCAAGGUUGCAAGGUGCUAACACGCUCUUUCAGUUUCCAUCAGUGCUGAACAGUCACGGCCCAUUUACUCUGUCUGGACUGGAUGGACCCUCUACCCCCGGCCCGUUUUCUCCUGACCUGCAGAAGACAUAG